GGAGCCGUUGGCUGAUGGGGAGGAGAGGGAUAGAGAGAGAGAAAAAAAGAGCAAGAGAUAAUGGUGGGCGGCACAGGGUUCUCGUGGGCGGACGAGGUAGAGAAGGAAGAGGCGUUGCAAUCGCAGACCAGGAAGACAGAAGAAAAAGAAGAAGAAAGCCUUAGGAUCAAGAAACAAAACCCAUUUGGGUCGGCCAGACCCAGGGAAAUUGUUCUUCAGGAGAGAGGAAUUGACUGGAGGAGCCUUGACACCAGCUUCCACAGCACUCAGAGAAUCCCAGGGAAAGAGAAUGGGCAAAAACGAAGCAGACCCACAUCCUUAACACCCAAGAAAUAUUUUCCUCUUGAAAGCCACAGAGUACACAGAGGCCACCAAGCAGCAACCCAGAGAACCCAUUUCAAUUGCGGGCACCAUUCAUUGCCAGAUCCAACAGCCAUUGCGUUUGCGUAUCUGCAUGAGAAUCUGCCCACGCAGAGCAGCAGGGCACGUACAACAGAAGCAAUCUAUUGUCCCCAAAUUGAUGCAAGUUGGUUGGGAGAGACGCAAAGGCCUUCCUGCAGACCGGUGGAUUUGGGGUGGCAGAGUUCUCCCUUUGCUGUUGUUAACGAAAGGCAACCCCCUCAGAAGUUUGACAGAAUUUUAGAGAAGAGGUUCUGUUAUGGCCGUAUGGAGAGAAAUUACAAUGAAGAACAGAACUCCAACCCAAGAAAUUAUGUGGAACAAACUAGAGGCGGCCCGAGGGACUUGAAGCAUAGUGCAGCGCUCAGUGGCUUAAGUUUAGAAAGGUCUCAUUUCACGGGGAAUAAUAAGAAAAGGGACGUUCAACCAACCACCGAUACGCAUCCGGCUAACCAGAGGAGGAGCCGGAGGAGAAGAAGAUGAGACUUGGUUAGAUAGAAUCAGCAACAUGGCUAAUUGUAUUCAAGGAAGUACUGAAAUUCUGACAUGGAAAAGGCGUACCCUUCCUAACACAAUUUGAAUCCUAGUGGUAGUAGAAGUCUUCUUUCUGUAGAACGCAGUUGAACACCAAGAAUGUCAUUGUGGUUUGUUGCUGACCACAGCCAAUUUGGUUUGAAAGUUCUUUACGUUAAA